UCAUGUUAACAUGUGCCUUUCGCUAUGGCCAUGAUGACUUGGAUGUGAUUGGUCUGACGUUCCGCAAAGAUCUGUAUGUACAGGUCCUGCAAGUGGUCCCAGCUGAGGCCACCAGCCCCCAGGGGCCCCUCACAGUCCUACAGGAGCGACUGCUGCACAAGCUGGGGGACAAUGCCUACCCCUUUACUCUGCAGAUGGUUGUCAACCUGCCCUGUUCGGUGACACUGCAGCCAGAUCCUGAAGAUACAGGAAAGGCCUGUGGGAUUGACUUUGAAGUGAAAAGUUUCUGUGCUGAAAACCUGGAGGAGAAAAUCUCCAAGAGAGACUCUGUGCGCCUGGUGAUUCGGAAAAUACAGUUUGCACCCCUGGAGCCAGGCCCUGGCCCCUCAGCCCAGACUGUCCGCCGCUUCCUUCUGUCAGCUCAGCCCCUACAACUCCAGGCCUGGAUGGACAGGGAGGUUCACUACCAUGGCAAACCCAUCUCUGUCAAUGUUUCUAUCAACAACUGCACCAACAAGGUCAUAAAAAAAAUCAAGAUUUCAGUUGACCAGAUCACAGAUGUUGUCCUGUAUUCACUAGACAAGUACACCAAGACUGUGUUCAUUCAGGAGUUCACGGAAACUAUAGCUGCUAACUCCAGCUUCUCCAAGAGCUUCACGGUAACCCCACUCCUGGAUGCCAACUGCCAGAAACAGGGCCUGGCACUGGACGGCAAACUCAAGCAUGGUGAUACCAAUCUGGCCUCCAGCACGAUUCUUCGACCUGGAAUGGACAAGGAGCUGCUGGGGAUCCUGGUAUCCUACAAAGUCAGAGUCAACCUGAUGGUGUCCUGUGGAGGCAUCCUAGGUGACCUGACAGCCAGUGAUGUCGGUGUGGAGCUGCCCCUGAUCCUGAUGCAUCCAAAGCCUUCGCAAGAGGCCACUAGCUCUGAGGACAUAGUCAUCGAGGAGUUUACUCGUGAGCCCGGCGGGGAGGAGACCCAGGAGGCGUUGGCGGCAGAGGGGGACGAGGGGAGCUGA